AGAGAGAUAAUAAAGCAUGAAUUUAAGGAGAAGUAGAAAUUCCCAAUAGCACUAACACUAGACAUGUAGGUCCCACCUUCAUCACUAUCUCCACCCACACCACUCUCUUUCUCUCAUUCUUCAUUUCUUUUACCUACCCUUUCUCUCCAUUUCUCUCAUAAUCAAGCAAAUUACUCUUUUUUCUUCUUGGGUUGUUCCAAAGUUUUAGUCUUUAUAAAAAUUUUCUCUUUUUUCUUCUUGGUUUGUUUCAAAGUUUCAAUCUUUGUAUUGUUUUCAAUGGAGGCUGUAAUGGGUGGUACUGGUAGUGGUUCUUCAGAUUCAAGUGUAGUUUCAAAGGAAGAAACUUUGGUUGAACAAGAUAAUCAUAAUAAUGAUAAUUUUGAAGUUUCUGAUGAUUCUGAAUUGGAAUUAGGACUUGGGUUAAGUCUUGGUGUUGCUAAUAAUUCUAAAAAUCAUAAGCAAAUUCCAAGGAUUUUAACUUCUAAAGACUUGCCUUCUCCUCCUUCUGCUUCUUCUUGCUCUUCUUUGGGCCUUAGAACUCCUUCUUCUGCUAAAACUAACAAUGUUUCUGUGGGUUCUAAGCGUGCUGCCUCUCCUACUGCUGUUAGUCAAGUUGUGGGAUGGCCUCCUAUAAGGGCAUAUAGGAUGAACAGCAUGGCUAACCAAGCCAAAUCCGUUGCAACCGGUGAAAACAACUCCCAGUUUGAUGAUAUCAAACGGAAUGAUGUGAGGUACGGUGCUGAUGAGAAUGCAAAUGCAAAAUCUAAUGAGAGAGUUCCGAAAAAUUGCUUGUUUGUUAAAGUGAAUAUGGAUGGAGUUGCAAUCGGAAGGAAGGUUGAUCUUAGUGCACACUCAAGCUACGAAUCGUUAGCUCAAAUGCUGGAGGAAAUGUUCACUAAUCGGGCUGUUGAAAAAUCAAACGGAGAGGAACUCAGUCUGAUGCCACAAGUGACGAGACCCUCUAAGCUUUUGGAUGGUUCAUCUGAUUUUGUGCUUACUUAUGAAGACAGAGACGGAGACUGGAUGCUUGUCGGAGAUGUUCCUUGGGGUAUGUUCCUGAGCUCAGUCAAGCGGCUUAGAAUUAUGAGAACUUCCGAGGCUAAUGGACUCGCUCCAAGAUCGGUAGAAAGGAGCGCGAAACAAAGAAGCAGGCCUAUAUAGUAUUUCUUCGUCGUGUUUUACUUACAGGAAAAGAAACAACAAAGCUGAAGCUAAAUACUGGAACGGAAGUAUGACGGUGAAUACAUACGUUGCCUAGUAACAACUGAUCUUUCGGUUCUCAUUGAAAUCUCGUUUUUUAUUUUUUCCUACAAGUUUUUGAUUGUUUAUCUUAAUUAAAUUUAGUACACAUGCUUGCAUAAUUUGUCAAGAGCGGCUUUCAAAUAGUGUACAUAUAUAUAUAUAUAUAUGGGGUGCUAGAUUGUAAGGGUUAUUUGGGUUUCUGAAAUACAAAUGAACUUGGUUUUUUACCUUUGUUAUGGAAAGGUUUUAUAUUGGUUUCUGCUCAUUGAGACCAAUUUUUAGUUACUUUCUGCAUUAGUGCAACAUAUUUGUGUACAAUAUUGCACUGCUUUAUAUGCUCAUGCUAUAUCAUGGGGCAUGGCAAUUGUGUUGUGCUUGCCUGCUCGGCAACUUGUUUUAAAUCAUAUCGUGUCAAGUUGUUUUGUGCGUGGUCACCUAAAAAUGAGGUCUGACUAUGAAAAUUGUGUCAUGUUGAACAGUUUGUGUGUUGUGCCUCGUGUUAAUCGUGUCUUGUGCCAUGAACGAUCUAAUGUUGUAUUGUGUUGUGUUGAUUGAGCUAUUUUCGCAUGCCUCUUGUGCUACGGGCCUUGGUGCUAUUUUCCAUUUUAUUAUCAGCUCACGCUCUCGAUUCUCAUGUGGUGAUGUGCCAACCUUUGGAUUGGGCUGGGCCAUCGCAAGCCGUGUCAUGUGUAGUGCCAGUUAGGCCCACUUCUCUAUCUAGUAUUAGAGGUGUUCAAAAUAGACCCGAUGACCUGAUAUUCACCCAGCCUUAUAACCGAAUCCGAUUUAAAAAUGAGUUUAUAAUUAUGUAAAAACUAAUGUGGACACAAGACCUAAUUCUGAACCGACCCGAAAUACCUGAUUUGAAAUCAAUUUGAUUACCCAAAAUGAACACCUCUAUCUAGUAUUAAUAUAAAUUAGACGGACUUACGGUGAGACUAUUUCUAUUGGAUUGAUUUAAUGUAUAUUUAAUGUCUUAAAGUGAUUCUUUAUAAUUUUAAAGUGAUUAUUUACAUUUUUAAG